AUGGAUUCAUAUGAGUUGUUUGGAGAGGAUGUGGGUGGAAACAUGUUGGAAGGUUUAUCUGAAUUGGGAGGAGAUAAUUUCACUGAUGUGGCAGGUCGUGGAAGUCAACCCCCUGCAAAUACAGGUUAUGCCCAAUCGCAACCAUAUCAAUUACCCGGAGAAAUGCAUGGUCACCAAGGGGAGUCUCCACUACAAAAACUUGCAUCAUUUGGACCCCCAGGUGGUGCAGGGCCAAGUGCACCUGAUUACAACCCUGGUAAUCACAUGGAUCACUUUCAUUCUAAUCACUCUGGAUCAGCUUACGGAUCAAGUAGGGUUUCUUCAGGCCUAAGACCUAAUUUAGGACAAUCUGGACCGCCACAGUAUUCACCUUAUUCAGAUGCUGCAGCAGGCAUGUAUGGUGCCACUGAUCAAGCUGCUUUACAAGCUUGGUCUAAUUAUCCUGCUCCAGGUAUUAGUAGGCAUUAUCCACAUAUAGCUCAACCAUCAUACAGACAGCACAUGAGUUAUCAACAACAACCCAGUCAAGAAAAUCAACAGAAACCAGGCCAGUAUGUAUCUAUGAUGACUUCACAUCAAGCUCCAUCUAGUGUUUAUUCGCGAAGUCAACAACAAUCAAUGGCACCUUAUCAAAAUAUGAUGUAUUCAAACACUUCGCCUGGGUAUUCUGCUUAUGGUCAUCAACAGAACACUACUACAGUUUCUUCAAGAAUACCACCCCAUCACAUGCAACAAUAUCCACAGCAACAAAUGCAAAUGCCUGAAAUUCCUAAUCCUCAAGCUCCAUCAAAUUAUAAUCAUUUACAAACACAAAUGACUUCUCAUCCGGCAUUUUCACAGCAACCUCAACCACCUCAACAACAGCAAUCUCAACCACAACAACCACAACAACAAAUGCCACAAAGAUCAUUAGGAAUUGAUGUGCCUAGUAAUCCUUCUUAUGGGCCACCGAGUGGGGGUAACCAGAGUAAACCUCAUACUUCUCAAGGAGGAAGCCCUCAACCGCAAUACCGUGCACAGUUUCCCCAACUGUCGCCCCAGAUGUCUCCGCGACCUCAAAUGUCACCUAGACCACAAAUGUCUCCAAGGCCUGUAAUGUCGCCAGCAAAACCAACUACGCAUUCACCACAUCCUCAUUCCGCUCAAUCUAACAUGUCUCCAAGGCCUGCUACAGCAUUAACUCCCAAAGCAGUAGCUACUUCAAGCCCAUCUCCAUAUGCUCAACAGAGUACCCUUCAACAACUUGAACAAAUGGUGAUGCCUACAGUUAAUACUAAUACAACCACCGAUUAUCCAGGAUAUAGAAGUGGCUUACAAGCUAAUACUUCUCCACAUUGGCAAUCAGCACCGAGACCUCCUCAUAACGGAGGAAUGGUUUCUCAAAAUAUUAACGACCAAGGAUUACCAGUUUAUUCAGCUAUGCCAUCUGAAGACCAAAAUCUGGAUUCUUCUAAAUCUCAAUCAAAUUCUAAUUCUAGUGGUAAUUUGAAUAUGAAUAAUAUACCUAAUAUGGGUGAAUCAAAUUCUAUUCCAAAUCAAAAUAAUCUCGAUUAUCCUCCUAACGCACAAAAUAAAUAUACCAUUUUAGAACCGCAACACAUUCCUGUUUCACAUUCUGCAGAUAUGCCUCCAACUUUAGAACCACAAACAAACAUACCGCCAGCUCAACAGCAACAACAAUUACAACCAACAAACCAGAACCCAAGUUCUAUGGAACAUAUGGGGUCUAACAGUAUGACUUCUACAAGUAUUGGGUAUAAUGACUCAAUGUCACAGUAUCAAAAUGGUAACAAAAUGGAAGAAAUGAUUGGCAAUCAACCACCUGAUGCACCUCAGCAGAUGCAACAUUCCCAAGCUUCAAUGUAUGAUCCUAGAGGCCCUCCACCUCCGGGAAUGUAUCAUUCUUCACCAAUUAGUCAUCAACAAGAAAUGGCAGCGUUGCAACAGCAACUUCAAGAAUUAUACUGUAUGCCACCUACUGGUCCUGAUCAUCAACUAAGAAUAAAUCAUAUUCAAGAUAGGAUAUCUAUUCUACAACAACAUGAAGCAAAUGAUCAAUGCAUGGGUGGUGUACACUGUCCAGUUGUAAACCCUAUGUAUCAACCUGCCAUCAUGGAACCGGCUGUACCAGUAGUAUCGGGUCGUGGAAGAGGAAGAGGACGGGGAAGAGGUAGAGGUAGUACAUCAGGCGAAGGCCGAGGGACACCUAGACCUAGAAAAAGCAGGAAAAAAGCCCAAGAGCCUGAGCAAAUUCCAUUUUCUCCUCCCUUAUUACAACCAGAAAUGCCAACACAUCCUAUGGUACCACAAGAUAUGAUGCCAAUGCACAUGAAUAUGAGUCCUGGUAUGGCUCAACCUCAUCAUAUGAUGGCGCCUGGAAUGCCACAUAUGGGAAUGCCGCCUAACCCAAUGCAUCAUGAACAUAUACCACAAUCGUCAAUGUAUAAUAAUUCUGAAUCUGCAUACCAUCACCAUAUGCAGUCCUUAGGAUGUCCUCCACCACAGCAUGUGCCUCAACAACCUCCACCUCAACAAUUACAACAGCUGCCGGUGCAGCAACCUAUAAUACCUUGUACUUCUGAGUCACAAAUAGUGUCUAAUACUGUUCCUUAUCCAGAGCCUAUAAUGCCUCCAGUUCAUCUUGAACAACCUAUACAAAUGUCUCCUGAACAACAGCAGCCACAACAGCAAAAUCCACAACCACAACAGCAAAAUCCACAACCACAACAACCGCAGCAAGAAGAAUUGCCACAACAACAAAUACAACAACCACCAAUAAUGCCUCAGUCUCCAGUUGAAUCAGAAUCACAAUCUCGUGCUGAAUCUCCUUUGAUGGAACAAAUAAACCAAUCUCCACCACCUGAAUCUGAAGUACUGUCACCACAAGUUCCGACAGAAGUAAAAAAAGAUUCUGAUCCUGACAUUCAAUCACCAAUUGGAAGUCCUGUUGAAGAAAAAUCAGUAGUUGAUAAUGAUAAUACUUCAGUUGUUUCACAUCGGUCUAGAUCAUUAUCACCAGCAGAAUUAAAUGAACCACAAUCUCUUGAACGAGAUUGUUGGUCGGGUAGUGAACAUGAUCCUCCUCCUCCAACAUUGACCGCAGAAGUAUCACCUCCAGCUUCUCCAAAAGUUGAAAAUGAAGAAAUAGCUGAAUCUAGUAUUUUCAAUUUUACCGAAGAUGAAGAACCUCCCCCACCACUUCAUUCAUUAUCUGAUGGAUCUCCUAGGAAAUUAAAAGGACUUCCAAGAUCAAAGAAAUCACAAUCUCCAAAAACAAAAAAGCCUAAAGCAACUAAAGUUCCUAAAUCUAAAGCAAAAGAUCGUAAGAAAAAAGAAAUUAUUCUAGAAGCUGAAACAAUUGAAACAACUCCUCUUCCUCCACCUACAAAGCCUAAAAGACAAUCAAAGAAAAAGAAAAACUCUCCACCUGAAAAUAAAGUAUCUGAAGAAAUAGAUCAUAGUAAAAAUACAAUUGAAGUAAAGCAAGAGGGAAUAAAUGAUGAAGAUUUAACUGAUAAAUUGGAAACGAAGGUUGAUGAAGCUGUUGAAAAGGAGUUGGAUGACACUGAACUUGAUACAAAUCUUGUAAAGAAUGAUAAAGAAGUUGCAGCUGAUGAAUCAUUAGCAGAUAUAGAAUCAUUGCCUGAAAGUCAACCAGAGCAGCCUACAAAAUCUUCAAAAUCAUCUAAACGUAGUACUGAUCGAAAAUCAAAAAGUCGUAGUAGUCGUGCUUCCAAACGUAAGAAACCUAAACCACUGGUAACAAAUGAAUCUGAAAAUGAUGAACCUAAUGUUACACCACCACCGUCUCCUGAAGGUGAUGAUAAUAAACGAAGAUCUGGUAGACAUACACAAAGAAAGAAGUAUGUUGAUGACAUUAUGUUAGCUAUGUCUGAUGAAGAUUCAAGAAAAUCUUCUUCUCCACAACGUUCUAAGUCCACGGUUUCUGGUAAUGCAAAUGAAAAUAAACAAACAAAUCAAGAUAAAAAUGCUAAUGGAAGCAAUUCCAUUAAGCCCAAUAUGGUAUAUAUUAAUGUAACUGAUGAGGAUUCCAUGGUUGUACAGCAUAUAUUAGCUGUUCGAAAAGGUACAAGGGAAGCCACUAAUUUAAAUAAAGAAGAUAAAAAUUCACCUAGUGAUAGUGAAGGUGAAAUUAAAAAAGAAAUCGAAGAAAAUCAAAGUGAUGAUAACACAGAUGAAAAAAUUGAUGAUAAAUCUGAAAAGAUGUCAGAAGACCUAUCUGAAGAAAAAUCUAUUAUCAAAUCUGAUGAAAAAUCUGAUACUACCGUAAAGGCAGAACAAGAUGAAUCAGAGAAAAAUGAUGAAACUGAACAAAAAUUAGAUGAAAAUGAAGAUAGUUCCAAGAAAACUAUUGAAAUAGACGAAUAUUAUGUAAAGUAUAGAAAUUUUUCAUAUCUUCACUGUGAGUGGAAAACUGAGGAAGAAUUAUUGAAAGGUGAUAAAAGAAUUGCUGCUAAGCUUAAGCGAUUCAAACAAAAAAUGGCAAAUAAUACUAAUAUUUUUGAAAAUCUCGAAGAAGAACCUUUCAAUCCAGAUUAUAUUGAAGUUGAUCGUGUUCUUGAUGUAUCUGAACAAUUAGAAGAACCGAAUGCUGAAAAACCAACAAAAUACUAUUUGGUGAAAUGGCGAUCUCUUCAAUAUGAAGACAGUACUUGGGAAUUAGAACAAGAUGUUGAUCCAGCAAAAAUUGAAGUUUUUGAAAGAAUAAGACAUACACCACCAAAAGAUCAAUGGAAGCCUAAGAAAAAACCAUCUCCUAAUGAUUGGGUGAAAUUAGAUAAAUCUCCUGUUUAUAAAAGCAACAAUACUCUUAGAGAAUACCAAUUAGAAGGCCUUAAUUGGUUACUUUUUUCUUGGUAUAAUGGGCGCAAUUGUAUUUUGGCUGACGAAAUGGGUCUCGGUAAAACAAUACAGUCAUUAACAUUUAUUCAUGCUGUUCACGAAUAUGGGGUGCGAGGUCCAUUUUUAGUUAUAGCACCAUUGUCAACUAUUCCAAAUUGGCAAAGAGAAUUUGAAGCAUGGACUGACUUAAAUGUUAUUGUUUAUCAUGGAUCAUCUCAUAGUAGAAAUAUGGUACAGCAAUAUGAAAUGUAUUAUCGGAAUGAUAAAGGGGCUAUAAUUAAAGAAAUAUCUAAGUUUGAUGUUCUUAUUACAACAUUUGAAACCAUUAUAUCUGAUUGUAUGGAACUUCGAGACAUUAGUUGGCGAUUAUGUGUAAUUGAUGAAGCUCAUCGUCUUAAAAAUAGAAACUGUAAAUUGUUAGAAGGAUUACGUGCAUUAAAUCUUGAACACAGAGUUUUGUUGUCUGGAACACCUCUUCAAAAUAAUGUAAACGAGCUAUUUUCUUUACUUAAUUUCCUUGAACCAACACAGUUUUCAAGCUGUGAAGAUUUCUUACAAGAAUUUGGUGCUUUGAAAUCUGAAACUGAAGUACAAAAACUUCAGUUAUUGUUAAAGCCUAUGAUGUUAAGAAGAUUAAAAGAAGACGUCGAAAAAUCAAUCGCUCCUAAAGAAGAAACUGUUGUUGAGGUGGAAUUGACUAACAUUCAGAAAAAGUAUUAUAGAGGAAUUUUGGAAAAAAAUUUCUCAUUUUUAUCUAAAGGAACUACUUCUGCCAACGUACCAAAUCUUAUGAAUACAAUGAUGGAAUUAAGAAAAUGUUGUAUUCAUCCUUAUCUGUUGAAUGGUGCUGAAGAUCAAAUUCAAUAUGAUUAUCGUAAUUUAAAUGGUGACGAUCCCGAUGUUUAUUACAAAGCUUUAAUUCAUUCAUCUGGUAAAAUGGUAUUAAUUGAUAAAUUGUUACCAAAACUUAAGGACAACGGUCACAGAGUAUUGAUUUUUAGUCAGAUGGUACGAUGCUUAGAUAUUAUUGAAGAUUACUUAGUGUACAGAAAAUAUCCUUUUGAAAGAUUAGAUGGUAGGAUUCGAGGAAAUUUACGUCAAGCUGCUAUUGAUAGAUACUGUAAACCUGAUUCUGAUAGAUUUGUAUUUUUAUUGUGUACUAAAGCUGGAGGACUGGGUAUUAAUUUGACUGCAGCUGACACUGUUAUUAUUUAUGAUAGUGAUUGGAAUCCUCAGAAUGACCUUCAGGCUCAAGCACGUUGUCACAGAAUUGGUCAACAGAAAAUGGUUAAAGUGUAUAGACUUUUAUGUCGAAAUACUUAUGAAAGAGAAAUGUUUAAUAAAGCAUCUUUGAAACUUGGACUGGACAAAGCAAUUCUUCAAAGUAUGAACACAGCACAAGGAAAAGAUUUAAACAACAAACAACUUACUAAAAAAGAAAUUGAAGACUUAUUAAAGAAAGGGGCAUAUGGUGCUGUUAUGGAAGAAGAUAAUGCAGGAGAUAAAUUUUGUGAAGAAGAUAUAGAUCAAAUUCUUAAACGUAGAACUCAGGUUAUUACAUUAGAAAGUGAAAAGGGAUCAACCUUUUCAAAAGCAAGUUUUGCAUCUAGUGGUAUUCGACAAGAUAUUGAUAUUGAUGAUCCUGAUUUUUGGAAAAAAUGGGCCAGAAAAGCUGACAUUGACACAUCUGAAGGAGGAGAUCAAAAUGAUUUAGUUAUAUCAGAACCACGCCGACGUACACAAAUUAAACGAUAUGGUCAUGAUGAAGCUGUUAUGGAUAUGUCAGAACUUGAAUCAUCAGGUUCUGCUGAUAGUGAUGUCGACAAUAGUUUAGGAGUUGGGCGUGGAAGAGGACGCCGUACUAGAAAAAGCAAAAAAUUACGCACUAAAUUUAUACCUGAUGAUUAUGUACCAAAAGAUGGAGAAGUCGCCUAUGGUUGUUGGACUAGAAGUGAAUGUUUUAAAGUUGAAAGAGGAAUUCUGACUUUUGGUUGGAGCCGUUGGCCAGAAAUCAUUCAACAUAAUGACUUUCGUGAAGGAUGGAAAGAAAGUGAUGUGGAAGAUCUUGCACGGAUUGUUAUUUUAUAUUGUUUACGUUUCUAUCGAGGAGAUGAAAAAAUACGUUCCUUUAUUUGGGAUCUUAUUACACCAGACAAUAUUUCAACCGAUGAUUCUCCUUCUCAUGGUGGCCAAAACUCCCGCGGAUCUAAAAAAUAUCGAAAACCUAAACAAAAAGAUUUCAAUUCUACUCAAUUAAUUGAUGAAGAACAUUGGAGUAGAAACAACAAAUAUGACGGAGAUUUGUUUUUAGAAAGCAAUUAUCGUAAACAUCUAAGUCGACAUGCUAACAAAGUUUUAUUACGAAUACGCAUGUUAUAUUAUAUCAAAAGUGAUAUAGUCGGUGAAUUUAGUCAACAAGUCGCUGAAGGUGUUCAUGUCAGUGCUUUACCUAUUAAUACACCAAUUUGUGACUUAACUCCUGCUCCUUGGUGGGACCGAGAUGCAGAUCGUUCACUUUUAGUAGGCACAUAUAAACAUGGUUUUGAGUCAUACAACCAAAUGAGAAGUGAUCCAGCUUUGAGUUUUCUAGCAAAAUGCGGUCCACCAACACUUGAAGAAAAAGAAACAGCAAUAACAAAAUUCAACGAUGUUGAAGAAGGUGCUGAAUUACCAUUAAACUCAGAAGAAGUAUCAUCUGAGCCACCAACUCCUUUAGCAACUGAAGAUAAUGCUAUAAGUAUAGCACCACCAACUCCGACAUCUACUACAGAUGAAUUUAUAUGGCCUUCAAUUGGUGAUCUUAACAAUAGGGUGAGACGAUUAAUAAGCACCUGCCAGAGAAACUUUAAAAAAGAAGAGCAAAAGCUGGUGCAAAAAGCUAAGCUAGGAGAAUCAACAUGCGCAGCGACGUCAGGUACAGCCCAAUUAUCAGGAGACGUUGCCAGCCUCCUUGGUACGGGACAGCCCGGAUGGGACUGGCAACAACUGGCCAUGUAUCUUUGGAAGGUGGAAAGACGAGAAAAAUAUGAACAAUUUGUAAGAGAACGUGAACGUCAAAGACUUGAAAUAAGUCAGAAAAAGUGGACACGUAAAGAAGAACAAGAAUUUUACAGAGCUGUAACUGCUUAUGGUGUAGAUUAUGACAGGGUUUCAAAGACUUACAAUUGGACUAAAUUUAAGAGUGUUGCUAGAUUAGAAAAGAAAUAUGAUGAUACCUUAACAGAAUAUUUCCGUUCGUUUUAUGCUAUGUGCAAACGUUUGUGUGGUCAAACUUUAACUGAAGAAGAAGAACUAUGUGAUUUUCCAAUGGAAAUGAUAAAUGAAGAACGAGCUCGACGAGCACUUGAUCGUAUUAAUUUAAUUGUUAAAAUAAGAGAAGAAACACUGAAUCAUCCACGUCUAGAUGAACGUUUAAAAGGUUGUCAAAUAUCUGCUGAUGUACCUGAUUGGUGGCAACCGGGAAAACAUGAUAAAGAUUUACUUAUUGGAGUUUCUAAGCAUGGUUUAGGAAGAACAGAUUUUUAUAUUCUUAAUGACCCUGAAUUAUCAUUCCGAGAAAUUGUUCAAAAAAAUCUGUUAUCAGCUGUAUCUGGAUCCUUUACCACAGAAAUGCUUGAAGCCGCUAAAUUGGAAACAACAAAAACAGAAGCAGCCAAAUUAGAUGCAACCAAAAUUGAUGCAUCUAAAUUAGAUACAACUAAAAUCGAAGCAACGAAAUUGGAUGCUACCCAAACAGAAACUGCUAAAACAGAUGCUAAACUAGACGUUGAUAAAACAGAUGCUAAAUUAGAUGUUGUUAAAACAGAAUCUAUUAAAACAGAAUCAACAAUUGAAACUAUUAACUCUGAAGUAUCUAAAGAUGAAACGUCUAAGACUGAAAAAAUUGAUUCAGAAAUAAAAAUAGAAUCAGUUGAACUACAAGAAACUGAUGAAGAAAAAGUUGAAACCAAUGAAUCAACAUCUGAUAAAAUAGAAUCAGCUAAAACUGAGAGUAUUGCUACUGAUAUAAAUGGAGACGUUGAGAAAAACUCUAAUGAAAACGUAGAAAUACCAUCAAAUGAAGAACCUAAGGAACAGAUGGAUGUAGACGAUGAAGAAAAUAAAGAACCAGAUAUUUCUGAUAAUAAUUGUAAAAUAGAAGAAGAAGUAUCUGAUAUUCCAACAGAGCAAUCAAAUGAUAAGUCUUCUGAUGAAAUAGCCGACCAACAAACUGAAGGUGAACAAUCAGAAAAUACCAUGAAUUUAGAGAACAAACAGACUGAAGUAAAAGAAAAAGAUGAAUCACCAAAAAUUGAAGAAGAAAAUACUGUAAAAAGUGACGAUGCUGAAUCUAAAAUUGAAUCUAUUAAAAACCCCAUCGAUGAGGUUCCUUCAGACACAAAUAAUAAAUCUGAUAUUAAAGUUAUUGAACCAAUUAUUAAAUCUAAGGAAUGUGCAUCAUCUGUAGAGAGUGUAGAUAGAUUAAAAGCUAUGUUUCCAGAACUGGAAGUAGUGCACAAAGAUGUUGCUAAUCCAAUCAUUGAUAAAUUACCAGUGCAUAAGCCUCUACAACAGAUUGAUCAAACCAUUGCGCAUCUCUUAGCUACAAGCUAUCAAAACCCAAUUAAGUGGCCUAAAGAACAUGCUCUAGUAGUCCGUUUACAGCAUAUAGUAGAAUGUGUAGAAACAGGAGAAUGGCCUGUAAGCAAGAAAUUUUCUGCUUAUGCUCAAAAUCCAAAUAUGUGUGGAAUGGGAAUUGAAGAAACUGAUAUAACUGUUUCUAAAAGAGAUGUUGGAGUAUCUCAUGAUCAUUUAAGUUUAUCUGAUAUCCAUAACGAACAUUCAAGUUUGAAAGCUAAUAACAUUAUGGCUCAUUCAAAUCCAAAUUUGAAACGUAAACGUCACAUUGCUAUUGAUGUAGAGACAGAAAGAGCUAAAUUGCAUGCAUUGUUAAAUACUAAUUCUAUCCCCGCUCAUCCAAUCAAACAUUCUCCAGCUCCUAUGUGGGAACAAACGGAUGAAUCACUUUCUGAAGAUUCAAGGCGUUCAACUCCAGUCACUCCACAACUCAUUCAGCCUCCACCAGCUCACCAACAGUCUCAUAAUACACCUUCACGAUUAAUGAAUAUGGGAUAUGAUCUUAAAGUGUUAAACAAUCCCAAACCUCCUACUACUGUUGCUGCUACAACACAGUCUACUGGACCUAUGGAUUUAUCUUCUGGUGGUGGUACGCAAGCUGGAUGUAUGGAUUUGAGUUCAGGACCAAGAACACCUUCUGUAUCUAUUAAUGAAGCACAAGAUUUUUCAAUGCCAUUUAAAAAUAAACCAGCUCAAAGUAUAACUCAAACACCUUCAUCUACACCACCAAAAAGCAAAUUAGAUGAUAUGUUAAACAAACUAAUGCAAAAAAAAAAUUGUGUACGCACACCACGCCCUGCUGAUGAACCUGUAGUUGGAAAGGAAAUGAAACGCCGUAAACUAGAUGAAAUAGUUUUUGGUCUCUCUGCUGCCAAAGAACAGCAAUCAUUACCUUCAUCGGAACAGAAAAAACACUUGGCAUCAACUUCAGCUUCCCAUAAUUACCCAACGCCUUCGAAUAAAUCACAACAAAAUAUGACACAACAAAUAGGAGCAGCUCAUAGACAAUCUAGUAAAUUAGAUCCACUUGCAGCAUAUUUAUCUUCACAAGUGCAUGAACAACAAACCAAUUUACUUAAACAACAUACAACUUUACAACAGCAACUUGCUCAACAGCAACAGGUGUUAAAAAUGUCUCAAGCAUCAAGUGUAUCAUCUGUAUCUCAAACACAACGUAAAAUGUAUGAAGCAAUGAUGGAUAGUAUGGCAAAGAGUACUGCAGAGUACUCGGGAAAACUAAAUGCUUCAUCAUUUUCUCAAGAAUCUAAAGUUAAUAAAUGGUUAGCUGAACAAAACGCGCUGAUGACUGACCAACAAAUGUCUGCAGACUUCUUAUCGGCUCCAAGAAGAAGACGGCCAAGGGUAGAUCCAACAUUGUUGGAUUGGAAAAAAUUAACUGGUGAAGAAAAUGUAUCUGUCAUAAAUAGAACAACAGGGAAAAAGUUAACUGGUACAAAAGCUCCACAGUUGAAAAGAAUUGGACAAUGGCUACUUGAAAAUCCUGCUUAUGAUGUAGAUCCUAAAUGGGCAGACUUAGUUAAGGAACGUGGAAAUCUCACUCAUGAUUUACAAAAACGUUUACCUCAGACGGAACGCAAGAAAGGUCCCGGUCGACCACCAAUGCAAACUGGAGACAAUCCUUCAAGUCAAUCUUUAUCAUCUAAUCAACCUUCAACAUCAAUGGCACCAAAUCUCUCUUUCCCGUCAUUGGCAUCAGCAGGCCUCGGUGGAUUAAAUCCAUCUACUUUGUUAUCAAGUUUGUCUAUGGGAAAUUUUGAUCCUAAAAAUAAUCCUUUGCUUAUGCCAUUUAGUGGAUUACCAAAUAUUGGUGCUUUAGGAGGUAUGGGAGGAUUGAGUAAUAUGAAUUUAACUAAUUCUUUAUUUGCCAAUCUCGCUGGUCUAGGCCUUCCUGGUUUGGCUGGUAUGGAUCCAUCAAGUAUGAAUGACAGUUCUCAUUCAACGCAAAAUCCGCAGUCCAACUCUAAAUCAUCUAAAUCCAGAAAAUCUGAUUCUAAUACCAAAAAUAUUCCAUCCUCAUCAGCUAAUGUACCUUCGAGUAUGCCUGGCUCAUUGCCAUUUUUCUUCCCAAAUCCUAGCUUGUUAUAUACCCCUUUGGGUUUGGGUGGAUUAAAUCCAUUUUCAUUGCAACCAGGAGCUAUAUCAUCUGCAUAUGAUAGUCUUUCAUUGUUAAAUGGUAGUUUAAAUGUUUCAUCGCCUAACACAUCUCAAAACUCACUUUCUCGUCAUAAAACGUCAAGUAGCCGUGGUCAAAAUUCGAAUGUUAGCACCGUUACAUCGUCUAGCCAACGACAACCAAGAAGCAGUACACAUCAUCUUCCAUCGCCGACUCAAAGUUCUACAGAUCUUCUUGAGAAUUUAACACGAGCUGGCCGCAAUUUACCUCCUCCAGAUUUAUCUAAAAAUCGUACUUCAAGAGAUGUUGAUAAUUUACGUUCUCUUAUGUCAAGUAUGCCACCAUUUAAUGUACUAGCUGCUGGAGCUCUAGCAAGUGGUAGUGAUUCAAAGAAAACUAGAGAACAAGAGAUGAGAGAGGCCCUUGAAAAUUUAAGUAAAGCUUCACCUGAACUAUUUGCUCGAUCUUUACCUGAUGACAAGAAAUUUAGUUUUCCAUCAAUGGAAAUGAUUGAGAAAACUUUAAAAAGACCGGCGGAGCAAAGUACAUCUAACGAAAGACCAAAUAAGCGAGCUAAAGACAUGAUAUCACCAAUUACAAUACCCGUACCUCCUACGAUGACAAAACUACCAUCUACUAAUAGAGAAAAUUUAUCAGAAUCUGGUAUUGAUUUAUCUGGUACAAUUAAAGCCAAAUCGCCCGAAAAACAAAGGGAAAAACUAAAAAAAAUGGAUAUUCCUCAACCCACUAAUGUAGACGUAGAAUGUGAUUCACAAUUAUUAGAUAAAUGUGACGCAGAAAGCAUUGAUAUGACAAAACAAAAAUCUGACAUGGUCGAUGAAAACGACGAAAAAAAUGGUGGCAAAAACCGAAAAAGAUGUCGAACAAAGAAAACUUCUGUUGAUGAGAAUGUAGAACGUAAAAACUUACGAAGUAAUGCAGGAAGAGCUGCUGCAGCUGCAGCUGCCAGAACGAAGUCGCACUCACCAUCGCCAUCGCCUGAAUAAUGAAGUGUAUUAUAUUUUCUCUGCUACAACUUGAUGAGGUAUCAAACCAUUCCUAGUAUUUGAUGUUCAGAUAAGCAUUUCUGAUAGUUUUAUUAAAAUAUUUUUUUUUUCUUAAAAGUAUUAUUAUUUUUUUUAAAUAGUAUUUUUAAGAUAAUUAUUUCUUAUUUGGUUUGACGUUUAAGUUUUUUAAAAAUAUAUUUGUUUCAUUUUCGAUUCCUUCAAACCUAAAGCUCAAAUUCGAUAUUUGAUUUUUAUUAUUUUUGUUCAAUUUUUUAUCAAAAAUAUGAUAAGUGCCGCUUUACUAUAAUAGAUCAUUUUGAGGUGUCCGUGAUGUAAAUAUAUUAUAUUGCUCUCUAAAAUAUAAAAAGAAUAAGUAAACAAAUCUAUUUUUAAAAAUGUCGAUUCCCUGAUUUUUUAUUGAUUUUUUUUUUUAUUAUUUUGUUUAGUGAUUUUUUUAUACAACUGUGAUAGUGUAUUUUCAUUUCUGAGAACUUACACUUUGUAGGUGUAUUUGUGCAUUUGUAAAGAAAACGUAUAUUUUUACUACAUGUAUAAAUUAUAUGUUUUCUUCCUGGCAAAUAAUAAUUCAUAUAAAUACAUAUUUUUUUUUCCUGACAGUUAUUAAUUUUAUUAUUUAACCAGUAUUCUGUUGCUAGGUAAUUUUUACCCUUUUCUCAAGCAGCUAAUGUGUCGCUUACGCACACAAAAUGUAUAAGUGUUAAUAUAAUUAUACUGGUAUUUAUUUGUUAAUAACAUUUUUAGUCAUGUGACCACAUUUCCUCAGUCACCAUUGUUUAUGUAUAACCCCAAGCAUGUCCGAUGUAUUUUAUGUGUAACCUAUUUUUGUAUAUAUGUUAUAUAAUUCUAUAUAAAUAUGUGUAUACAUAAACAAAUAAUAUUAUAGGUAAAAAAAACUUAUCUAGUUUUUAGUACUAUUGUUUUUUUUUUUUUAUUAUUAUUAUUAAAAUUAAAAUAUCAAUUUUUUGAUGUACAUUAACCAUAUUCUGGAUCGUUGAUCCUUUUUAGGACGAGUUUGAUGAGUAUUACAUACAUGACCUGAACAAAAUCAGUUUAUAUAAAAUACAAAUUAGGUGAACGAAUAUGUACUUCAGUAAUAUUACUUUGUAGGUUUAAUUACAGGUUCUUAAGGUUCUUAUCUACAUUAUAAUAUAAUGUUAUGUGUAUAUAAAUAUAUGUGUAUUUAUUAGGAUGCAUAUUUACACGUAUAUUUAUGUACAUAAUAUACUUUGAAUUAUGUAUGUUGUAUGAUUAUGUAAUAAAAGGUAACGUGGAAAAUAAUAAAAACAUCACAAAUGUUCUACAACAUUUUUAAAUCGACCGCAGAGGUACUUAUAUUUAUAAUAUUUUAUUAUAUAUAAAUAAUGGGGUUCUUUUAUUUUGUUUGACAAUGUUAUCAUCAUGUGGUGGCCUUUAAAAAAAUUAUAUAUUUACAAAUGUACCAUAUUUAACUUACUCAAACUUAAAAUAUUUUAUCAUUUUCAAUCAAAUGAUAAGGUCGAGAAAGUUUUUAUAUGCUAGACAUUGUAUAUGUUUAACUUUCUUGAAAAAUGUUUUAAUCAUUGUGGAUAGAAAACUAGUAUUUAAUUAUUAAUUUGUUAGUUUUCUUCAAAACACAAUUAUUAAUAAUAAUUUCUUGUUUUCUAUCCAAAGAUUUUAACGUUGAUAUAAUACUAAUACAAAUUACUAUUAAUUUCAAUUAAUUUUUUUUUAAUUAAAUACACAUAUCUGCUCUCAAUUUUAACAACUUUAAAUGUGAGUUACAGAACCAAAAUGUAAUGGUUUAAUAAUAAGUAAAUGGAUCUUUUUUUUUAAGUUAGUUUAACUACUGAUGGAAAUUUUUAGGAAAAUUGUGUAACUAUAUUCAUAUUUCCACGUCAUUUUUUAUUUAUUUAUUUAUUUAUUUAUUUAUUAUAUUUAUAUAGACUUUUAAAAACGCCAACCUUUGAUAAAAUUAAAAUUAAUUUGUUCCUACUAGGGACCUAUAAUUGUCAAUAUCAUUUAGAAACACAUGUCGAUGGUAACCUUUUACUGAUUAAAUUGUACUGGAUAUUAAUAAUUUGCCCAUUUGAAGGCUGAUAUAAGUACCUAUAAUAUAUUGUGCACUGUUUACAGUCGAUGUUUCUGUAACAUUUUUUUUACUUGUACAAAAUAAAAAUUGUUUUUCUAU